CGAAGUUGCUCAGCUCCCUUCAUCCAGCGGCAGUGGUGCUUCCUUGAAUCUCGAAAUGCCGGUUAAAAGAUCACUGAAAUUAGAUGGUCUAGUAAAAGAAAAGCCAUUUGAGUCUUCAGAAAUUGUAAGGAAGUUGAGUAUUACAACUUACUCCCCAACAACUGGGACUUGUAAAAUGAGCCCAUUUGCUUCUCCCACUAAGUCUAAAGAACAAGAGCACAGAAGUCGACCAUCAGACGGAGAGAGAAAAAAAUUGAAUCAUCGCAAUUUAACUGAACGAGAGGAAUCUACCCCAGAAGACAAUGAUGAAUUCAUGAUAUUGCUAUCUAGAGUUGAGAAAUCAUCAGAAGAAAUCAUGGAAAUAAUGCAAAAUUUACGUAGUAUACAGGCCUUGGAGGGCAGCAGAGAGCUCGAAAGUCUGCUUGGUGUCUCCCUCGCCUCCUGUUUCUUACAAAGAGAAAUGCAGAAAACAAAAAAACUAAUGACAAAAGUAAUGAAACAAAAACUGUUUGAAAAGAAGAGUUCGGGACUUCUUCACAAUGAAUGUCGUCUUGACAGCUAUGAAUUCCUUAAAGCCAUUUUAAACUGAGGCAUCUAGAAGAAUGCAGUCCCUGUGAGCACCACUCUGCAUCUGUCUGGUCGCAUUUAAGGGAACAGAGAAGUCUGUGUAACUUAUCUGACGAGUAAAUACCAGCUCACGGCACGGGGCAGGUGCAGGUCUAGAUAAGAUUUCUGCAGCUAAUUUAAACUUUCUACACACACCAAAGAUACUCUCAGUUUCUUCUUGACCUUGUAACUUUAUGUUAAAGCCAACGUGUACAGAA